AUGGUAGAUAACCAAAGCCAAAACCUGGGUGGGGGUUCUGCUGCUCAGAAUAGCAGAGUACCCGGCCUAGGCUCGGGUAACCAACCUGAGGCCGCCCCCACAAGCACAGUCGCCAACCAAGUAGGACCGACCGAUGCAUCCUUGGACUCUAGGUUCGCCCAUAACAUCGUUGCUACCACCGAUCAAGUACCUGUUAAUCCACAACAAACCCAACAACCGGAAUCCAUUAUUAAGUCUCUGAUAGGAUUCUCUCAAAUUCGUUGA